UAACAACAUUUGGUCAUAAUCGACGCGAAAAAUAGUAACUUUUAUUUAUUGUUGUUGCUUUUUGUGAUUUCGUAAUAACUGCCAAGAGAGAAAGCGAUAGAGAAAGUGAGAAAGUAAAAUGUGUAUGUGUUUGAAGGAGAUCAUAAAAUGUCCGGCCCGAAUAGUGUGCUGUUGCUGUGAAUGCGCUCUCAAAAUAAUUCUAAGUACAAUUAUGUCAGCUUUGCUUAUCGUAGUUGUGAUUGGAUUAAUUAUAUACUUUGCCGUCUACUAUAAAAAAGACGAAGUACCUCCGGAGACACACGCCCAAGCAAAAAAUCUUAUCGAUCAAUUACCAAAGGCGAUGGAUAAAUUUCUUAAAGCAUUACAAUAGAUAAUAAGUGUUAGAAAAUUUUUGGCCAUUAUUUAAUUAGAAUUAUUUUCUUUGAUAAAAAAACAUUUUUUAAAAUUCUUGUAAAUAAAAGUUGUAAAGAUUUAUAAAGUUAUUUAAAUUUGACAACUACAAGCAAUAUAGGGGGACACAGCUCAUCAUUAAAUACCGUACAAUACUUGUUUUAAUUUACAAUUAUUCAUAUAACGACUUUUCAAAAUAAGGCUUUAUAUGGGCAGUCAACGAAAAAUUAAUCCGAUCCGAAGCAAUUCCAAUAGCAUGGUUUCUUGGGCCAAACCAUGUCGGUGUCGGUAUCAAAUCUCAUCAAAAUAUCACAAAAAUUGC